AACAUUCGAAAAAGUUGCAUCAUGUUACGGAAAACAUAGAAAAGGUCACUCAAAUCAUUCCCUCAGUCGGCGAUAAUUCGCUGACUACCACUCUUGACUACAACAGCCAGGGUGUGCUUAUAAUCUGCAAUGGCUCUGGCAUCGAUUCGAGGAGGAAAGUCGUUUCGUUUUCAAUUAGCAUCUGUGUGUAGGCAAUUAUCGAGAGACCAUUCAAGUGUUACUUCAUUCGAAAGAAACAUAGCCGUAAACACACACAGUCCUUUUUACUCAAGAUAUCCUGGUGUAAACAGGUGCAAUGGGUUGUUGCGUACUUCGUGCCAGCGUUCAACAAUAUUGAAUGACCGUGGAUUCCACACUACCCCUCACCGGCACGCCUGGCCUGUUGCUGUAUUACUAGUGAAACUUGUGGGGCCUCUCUCCAAGAUCAGCAAACUUGCUGCUAUGCUUGGCGGACGCACAUUUCGUAGAUGGUGGCAAAAACUGCCAGCCCACCACAAACACAAACUUCUCACCCUUGACCUCCUGAAAAAACGACGGACGGAGAAACUUAUUCUUAUCGGUGGCAGCACGGGAGUAUUCUUUCUUGCAUACUAUGUGUAUCACUUAGAAGAGACGCCUAUCACUCAUCGCAGACGCUUCAUGCCGGUUGGCAAUGCACAGAUGAGGGAUGUAAUAGAAGAAGAGUACAGGCAGGUGCUUGAGCAGUGCGGCGAGCACAUCCUACCUGUCAAUCAUCCGUACCACAGGCGCGUAUUUGAGGUGGCGCAGCGGCUGGUGAUGGCCAAUAGGAGUGAAGAGAUCGAUGGAAUCAAGUGGCAAGUCAACGUUGUUGAUACUGAUGACGUCAAUGCCUUUGUACUUCCGAAUGGACAGAUUUUCAUGUUCGUCGGCAUCUUACGGAUGUUGCCAAACGAAGGGGCGCUGGCGACAAUCUUGGGUCACGAAAUGGCGCAUGCGAUUCUUAGACACGCGGCUGAGCAAGCCAGCGUGCAUGGUGUAGUUAACCUUUUCGUUGUGGUGUUGCUGGCGAUCUUAUGGGCUCUUAUACCGACCGACUACCUUGCACUUGCCGCCCAGUGGAUCCAAGGCCAAAUACUGAGUAUACUGCUUCAUCUGCCGUACUCGCGACAGCUGGAGGAGGAAGCUGAUCAAGUCGGUAUGCUGCUGGCAGCUAAGGCUUGUUUCGACGUACGCGAAAGCCCUAAGGUCUGGUCGCGGAUCGGUGCCAUGGAGGAGCACACAAAACAACAAAGCGCUCUACCAGAAUGGCUCUCAACACAUCCCUCACACGCUAACAGGGCGAACAAACUCCAGGCUCUACUGCCAGAGGCGCUGGAAAUACGUAAGGAGUGUAACUGUCCGGCACUUCAAGAUUCUAUGUACAUGGCACCAAGAAGGGAUAGCAAAUUAUUAAGACUUUAUGGUACUUGAGAGGAUCUGUGACGUUCACUCGGAAAAAUUCACGAGCUUCGGCCGAGCUCGAACCGAGGAUAAGUAAUGCUCUACGCGCGGGGC